AAUAUUUCAAUAAAUUAAAAGAGCCCAAACUCCCUAUAUUUUAAUCAAAACCUCGUUAAACCCACCAUUAGGGCUCAGGGUUUUCACCAAUCACACGAUGUUCAUCCCAGAACGACCAUGAAACCAAGAAAUACCCGCAAAACUAAGGAAACCCAGAAGCAAAAUCAACCAGACGAAGAAAUUACAACCACACCGGAUGAGUUCUCAGUCUCCAUAAUUCGAAUCGCAGUAUCACAGAUCUGCAAAUCAGUGGGAUUCAAGGGCGCCCAGAGCUCAGCACUCGAAACCCUAACUUUGGUCAUCACAAAGUACCUGCAAGAGCUUGCCCAGUUGGCUGGAUCCUAUUCCAAUGCGUGCUGCCGCACUGAAUCCAACGCCUUUGACGUCGUAAACGCCCUCCAUGACCUCAAUUUGAUGCAGGGCUUUGUGGGUGGCUCGAAAAUUGAAAGCCACUCUUGCUUGUUGAGUUCUAGGGUUUUAAAGGAGCUUGAGGGUUUUGUUAAGUACUGGGAUGAAAUCCCAUUUGCUAAGCCUGUCCGAAGAUUGGAAAAAUCCAAACUUCUGAGUAAAGGGUUGGUGGCUUAUAGUGAAAAGGAGAAGAUGAUGAAGAAGAAUUUGCAUAUUCCUAAAUGGUUGCCGGCUUUGCCGGAUUUGAGUGGAGAAGUUUGUGAGAAGAGGAAAAGUCUGUGGGAGAAUUCAGGGGUGGUGGAGGGUGAAGGCGAAGGACGUGGGGUGUUGAGGGUGAGAAAGCAAAAUUUAGGGGGUGAUUUACUGUGGAAGAGAGAGAAGGUGAGUUUUAAAAUUGGAAUGAAAAGGAAUAUUGUUGUGAGCAACGGAAUUUGUCAUAGUAGUGAUGGAAAUGAUAUAGAAGAUGAGAGGUGAAGGAUACGUUGACCCGUCAUGUUGUUUGAGUGGCAAUGGUAUGACCUCCUAUUCAAUUAAGAGGACACAAGUUCAAGACUUGGUACUGAAUCCUGAGAUUGAAUUUUCAAGUUUUUGCAUAAGCUAGGAUUUACGUGGAGGAUUUAAACUCAACACUACCAUUCUUCCGGUGUUUUUUUACCAUCAAACUAAGUUUAUUUAUAUGUUUAAGUAAUUUGAAUUGUAUCUUUAACGAUAAAUUAUGAAAAUUUGUUUUGGACAUUUAUUUAAA